AUGUCUUCAAGAUGGUACUGUUUCAGAGAAUUCGGAAUUAAGGCAAAUGCACGAUUAAUCAAAUUCCCUCCAGAAUUUUCACACAUUCCAGCAAAACCAUUAUUUUUUGAUAUAGCGUAUAACUAUUUAGAUUUUACAUCUAAUCCAUCACAAAGAACUGAUCAUAAACCGACAAAAGAAUCGGCUAUAUUUGAUGGAUUAUUUAAAAAUAUAUUGGGACAAAAUUAA